AUGUUGGGUGGUGCCUACCAGUUGAAUAAGCAACAACAGCAAGGGCAACCAUUACAAAGGCAAAGGCAAAGGCAAAUACAAAACCAAAACCACCAUACGAAUGCAAUACUUUCGGAGGUGUUCGUAGGGGAACAAAUGUUGACGGCUAGAGAACUGCGUUAUGUUGCAUUGAAAAAUUCAAUGCAUUCAUGUUCGGACGAGAUUUGCUGUAAUUUUAUUGCCGCACUCAACUGCAGCACUUUGUUGACGCUGAAUCCCAUUUCACAAACCCACCGAAGAUUUUUGAGCAAUUUGCAUGUGCUUUCAAAUGCAUUCGCCAGUGCAUUACGCAUUGCCAACACGUUCAACACUGCCAACUCUCCCAACCAGUGCAUACGAGCACUCAGUAAAAGGAGUACAAACGAAGAUCAGCUCAAAGCGACAUUGGCAAUUCCGUAUCAGCGACCUGUAAUGGCAGUCGUGUUGGCGCUGGAGGAGAAAAGUGUUAAAAUGGCCGCGAUAUAUUGGGCGGUGACUAACAUCGAUUACAUUCACUCGCGCACAAGUAGGCGUGUCUUUCUUAUGAUAUUUUGUGUGUGGUCGGCGGCAGUUAUAGUAUCGUUGGCGCCUCAAUUCGGCUGGAAGGAUCCAGAUUACCUGCAGCGUAUAGAACAACAAAAAUGUAUGGUUUCACAGGAUGUUGCAUAUCAGGUCUUUGCCACAUGUUGCACGUUUUAUGUGCCAUUGCUCGUCAUAUUGGUGCUGUAUUGGAAAAUCUACCAAACGGCACGUAAACGCAUACACAGGCGACGGCCGCGGCCAAUCGAUGUGACCGGCAACAAUAAUCAGCCCGAUUUGUCAGCGCAGAAGAAACGCAAACGUCUCAGGUUACGUAUCGGUAAAUUUGCCUCACCUCACACCGGCGCCACUGGCCAAACAACACUCGGCCUGGUUGAGGGCAACUCAACUAAUACGGUUAAUACUGUAGAGGACACCGAAUUCAGUAGUAGUAACGUGGACAGCAAAAGUCGGGCGGGCGUCGAGUCGACCACGAUGUUCACCAACAAUCCCGAAGAGAUUCCAACCACUUCGACUAGUCAAAUAUCGACUGUUUCCCACCUGGUAGCAUUAGCUAAUCAACAGCAUGCAGCAUCCAAAUCAUCGUCUACCGUGCAACAGCAACCAGAUAAAGGCAGUAGCAAUACAAAUACAACGCAAACCGCCAUAGCCUCAGAUGUAACGAUAACAACAACAAUAACAACAAUAGAAAACAAUAAAUUGCCUGCAGCAACAACAAAAGUAUGCAUAGUAGCGCCAAGCGACAGUAACGGCAUAACCUCAACACCACCUGCGAUAAAUGGCAGCACAACAGCAGUGGCUGUUGCUAAUGGUGCUGCUGAGGUGCUGGAAGAUCCACAAUUGCAGCAGCAAUUGCAACAAGUGCAGCACCAAACUGACAUGACAACAGCGGGUGGCGGGAAGACAGCACCACCGGCAGCAUGUGCCUCUAAUGCCACCACAAUCACUUCCAUAUCGGCGCUGUCGCCGCAAACACCAACAAUCGUCAACACCGCAGGCAGCGUUGGCGAUGAUGAACACCAGCACCCAUUAGCGCCCACAGCGACGUCAUUGGCGGCCGCAUCCUCCUGCCAACUGCCGUCAACACCCAAGCUAAAGUAUCAGCAACCAUUAUCCAGCAUAGCAAAUCCCGUGCACAAAGUGACGAAGCGCAAGGAGACACUCGAAGCGAAACGUGAGCGGAAAGCGGCCAAAACAUUGGCCAUCAUCACCGGUGCCUUUGUUAUCUGUUGGCUGCCAUUCUUCGUGAUGGCGCUGCUAUUGCCGCUAUGCGAAACAUGCGAGAUUAACGAUGGCAUAGCGUCGGUAUUCCUCUGGCUGGGGUAUUUUAAUUCAACGCUGAAUCCGGUGAUUUACACGAUAUUUAGUCCGGAAUUUCGACAGGCGUUCAAGCGAAUUCUCUUUGGAGGUCACCGUCCGGUGCACUACCGCAGUGGCAAGAUUUAAAGUAUAGUGGUCGUGGUAACGUCUGAAGGGUUAACAUACAAAUUCUCAGUGGAAGCAGCAAUGAAUAACGGCGGCUUUACUUAGCAACAAUCAAAUUAAAUGUUUUAUCAAAAAUAAAAUUCCUUUAUUUACAAUAAUUUGGAGAUGGACUGACAAAGAUAUUUUGGC